AUGGGUUCCCGAUGGCCUCCGCCCUCCGGGCCUGGAUCGCGGCAAGCGAGCAGACCCGAUAAUCGAUCUGAUGGCUAUCGCCCCGCGUUCGAUGGCUACGCACCCCCACCGCCGUCGUGGGGUGGUAACUCUAGGGCCAACGGCAAUGGUAAUGGCCACAACUACGGCGACCAGCGUGGAGACUCAUAUCGCGCAUCUUACUCCGACUCGCGCAGGGACUACGGCCGCGACUACGACCGCGAUGCGCGCAGCAAUCGCGAUGGCUACCGCCCCCCUCAGGGCGAUUUCACAUUUCGUGCCGAGCGUCCGCCGGGCGUGCAAGAGAGCUACGAUCCAUACCGCGGCCCUCCCCCCGGCCCUCGUGGCGACGGAUACCGCCCCAACGACGGCCCCAACUUUGACCGCGCAGGUGGCCGUACAAGCAGACGCCCCAGGCGUGGCGGUCCUGGAGGCCAGGGUUUCAGAGGCGGUCGGGGUGGCGCACCUUUCCGUCGGGCACCCAUGCUGGCUGCGGACCGUCCAUUCUUGCAUAGGAAGCAUGAUGAGAACGUCGAGCACCUUCUGGGUGAUACCACCGGCAAGGCCACCUACCGUUCCCUCGAGGACCUGAGUGACAGCGAUGACGCUGCUAUGGACAUCUCGGGCGAGUCGGGGUCGGAAGACGAGAGACCCGCCAAGAAGCGUGUGCGGCUGGCGGACGACGGCGAAGAUGCCCCCAAGUGGUCGAAUCCGGACCCUUACACCGCGCUCCCACCCCCCGAUGAGACCCAACGCAAGAAGAAGGAUGUCGUCCAGAUGAUCCGCAAGGCUCGUGUUGAUGCCGACUCUCAGAAACCCGCUGCCAGCGAAGCAGCAGAUUUUAUCUCCUUUGACUUCAGCGACGAUGACAACGACGACAAGAACAAGCGUACCAAUGGCCCAUCGAAGCAGUCGCAGUCACAAUCGCAGCCGCAGUAUCAAAACGGCCUGUCCAAUUCGACGGCGCUGCCCCACUCUACCUCCGUCUCGUCGACUCUGCCGCCCCGCCCCAGUGCUGCUGAAAUCUCGGUUCUCGAAGGCCAGCGCGCAAACGGCAACCUCGACACCAAAGACAAUCAGGGCCAAGGAUCUGCACGGGCUCAUCCGCCGUCGACUUCUACGCGUGCUAGAAACGGCCCCGUUGAUCUCACACCUUCCAGUACUCUUGGCAGCCGCAAGCGAACUCUUGAUGACAAGAUCAAACGCCCCCACCAGAGACUGCAAAAGGGUAGGAAGAUGAAGGCUGACGGCUACAUUGACCUUGCCUGGCAGGUCAAGGAUGGCGAGUCCCCCUGUCCGUGGGCUACUCGUGACCACAGUUCAGAGCCCAACAUGGGCGUCCGCUUACACAAGGAACUUCGUGAUUUUUUCGAGUAUGUGCGACCGAGAGACUUUGAGCAGAAGGUUCGCCAGGACAUGGUUGAUGGUCUCAAGAGUAUCGUCAAACGUUGGCGUUCUACCGCGAAUGUUCGCCCUUUUGGCUCUUUCAUGUCUGGUCUCUAUCUACCUACCGCCGACAUGGACAUUGUCGUCUGCUCCGACAGUUUCCUUAGAGGAGCGCAGCCCUCUCUUGGCGCAAGGAACCAGCUGUUUCGACUGAGGGAUUUCCUUAUCGGCCAUGGCAUACCGCAUGCUAGAGACGUCGAGGUUAUUGCCCACGCCCGAGUUCCCCUGGUGAAGUAUGUCGACGAAGCCACUGGGCUUCGCGUUGAUAUCUCCUUUGAGAACGUCGGCGGCGUUCAGGCCAUCAAUACCUUCUUGGCAUGGAAAGAACAGUACCCCGCCAUGCCCAUCAUCGUCGCCAUCGUCAAGCAUUUCCUCUGCAUGCGCGCUUUGAACGAGCCCGCCAAUGGAGGCAUUGGUGGAUUCUCUGUAAUCUGCAUGGUUGUCAAUCUGCUCAACAAUUGGCCAGCGGUUCAGAGCGGCACCAUGAACCCUGAGCAUCAUCUUGGCGAGACUUUGAUGGAAUUCUUCAGGGUCUACGGCGUCGAGUUCGAUUUCGAGACCACAGCCAUCAGCAUGAACCCCCCGCGGUUCAUUCCCAAGCACCUGGUCAGCAAGCUAGUGUACAGGAACAUGGAUCGUCUAUCCAUCAUUGACCCUAACAACCCCGAGAACGACAUUUCAGGUGGCUCAUCGAACUUUCCCCUGGUUCAGAAGUGUUUCAAGCUUGCCUACGAGUCUUUGAAAGAACGGAUGGAAGACUUGGCCCAAGGAGAGAAGAAAAUCCAUGGUCACAACACCAUCCUCGCACCUCUACUGGGCGGGAAUUACUCCUCGUUCCGUUACCAGAGGGAGUACCUACGAGGAAUCGCCGAGGGUCGAAGACCUGAAGUAACAGAGGCGGAUCAGGCUGAGCAAUGGUAG